GCCUCCCCUCCCCAUCCCCAUUUGCAGAGUUGAGGCAUGCAACAAGCACACAGCAGCAGCAGCAGCAGCAGCUUUGCAUUGGGAAAGACACAAGGACUGGAUGCUGAGUGCUGGAUGUGAUAAGGAUCAGGAGCUCCUCCCCCAGUAUAGAGAGACACUGGAGGGAGAGAAGCUGAGAUCUCAUACACACACAGCCGCACACCGGGACGGGUCUCUGCCGCCGCUCACAGCAAAGGGGGGAAGAGCGCCCUGCAAUCAACUGCGGAACUACAACCGGCGAGGAGCGGGGAACCCGAGCGCCCGCGGAGCAGAGGAGCGGAGCGGCGACACAACUUCUUCUUCUCCUUAUUUCUUCUUCUCAUUGCUGGGAGGUUCUGCUGUGAUUUCUAGUGCUUAUUUCUCUGGGACUUGCCCGUUUGGAUGUGACAAGAGAGACCAGGGAAGAAGCAGCGAUGAAGAGUCGGGAAGAAGAAGGUGGAGGAGGCUGGAGGAAAGCUGGGGUGGCAGAGUGGCCAUACCCUUUGAAACUAAGGAUGAAGCGAGUAGUCUCCUGCUUUUACUUAUGGCUUCUCCUCCAGCUUCCCCACAUUGGAUCUUCCACCCAGGUGAAAUACAAGGUUGAGGAGGAACAACCACCUAAUAUAUUGAUCGGAAGCUUAGCUGCGGACUAUGGCUAUCCGGAUUCAAAGCACCUGUAUAAGUUGGAACUGGGACAUCCGUAUCUACGUGUGGAUGGAAAGACUGGGGAUAUCUAUACCACAGAGACUGCCAUUGACAGAGAGAGUCUCAAAGAGUGCCAGAACUUGUUACCAGGCCAGUCCUGCUUCCUGGAGUUUGAGGUGUCCAUGACCGAUUUAAUGUCCCCAGUUCCCAGACUUCUCGAUGGUCAGAUUGAGGUUUUGGACAUUAACGAUAACACCCCAAACUUUGCCUCUCCAGUGCUUGCCAUCUCCAUUCCAGAAAACACAAACAUUGGAAUGCUUUUCCCCAUCCCAGCUGCUACUGAUCGUGACUCUGGAGUGAAUGGGGUGGCUUCUUACGAAUUAAUCGUGGGGCCCGAAGCACAUGAACUUUUUGGACUGCAGGUUGCCGAGGACCAGGAUGAAAAACAACCCCAGCUCAUCGUGAUGGGAAGUCUCGACCGCGAACAGAGGGACUCCUACGAUCUCACCAUUAAAGUCCAAGAUGGCGGAAAGACCCCAAGAGCUAGCAGUGCUCUGUUGCGUAUCUCCAUCCUCGACACCAACGACAAUGCUCCGAAGUUUGAGAAAAUGGCUUACGAAGCAGUGUUGCCUGAAAACAGCCCAAUGGGGCACUCUGUACUCCAGGUUAAAGCCAAUGAUUCCGACCAGGGAGCCAAUGCAGAGAUAGACUAUUCCUUCCACCAGGCCUCUGACACUGUGAAACGGUUGCUACACCUUGAAAGGUCUACAGGUCUGAUAACUGUGGCAGGACCCAUAGAUCGUGAAGAUGUUGGAAUUCUCAGAUUCUCAGUUGUGGCCAAAGACAAAGGUUCCAAUCCAAAAUCUGCCCGCACCCAAGUAACAAUCACCAUUCGUGAUACAAAUGACAACAGACCAGUCAUCGACAUCAGAGGGUUUGGUUUGGUAACCCAUCAGGAUGGUGUUGCCAAUAUUUCUGAAGACGUGCCAGUGGAGACGCCUGUGGCUUUGGUACAGGUUUCUGACAUUGAUGAAGGAGAAAAUGCUGCUGUGACUUGUGUUGUGGCUAGGGAUGUCCCUUUCCAGCUAAAACAGGUCAGUGAUACGGGAACUGACAGCAAAAAGAAGUACUUCCUGCAAACGACCACACCACUGGACUACGAGUCUGUCAAAGAAUACACUAUUGAAAUUGUGGCUGUCGACUCAGGUAAUCCUCCUCUUUCAAGCACCAACUCUCUUAAGGUGCAGGUAACUGAUGUGAAUGACAAUGCUCCCGUCUUCACUCAGAGCUUGAUGGAAGUUUACUUCAAAGAGAACAAUUCACCUGAUGAUAUUGUGAUGGAAGUUAGUGCAACUGAUGCUGAUAGUGGCUCCAAUGCACAAAUAUCCUAUUCCAUACUUGCUGAUGCCGCUACUCGGGGCAUCUUUUCAAUCAACCCAGACUCUGGUCAGAUUAGAGUUAACACUGUGUUGGAUCGAGAGGCAACAGAACAGUAUAAUUUCCAUGUUGUAGCUGCAGACAAAGGAACCCCAAGCUUAAAAGGCACUGCCUCUGUUGUAAUAACAGUGCUGGACUGCAAUGACAACGAUCCAAAGUUUAUGCUGAAUGGCUACAACUUCUCAGUCAUGGAGAAUAUGCCCAGAUUGAGCCCUGUUGGUAUGGUCACUGUCAUAGAUGCAGACAAAGGUGAAAAUGCUCGUAUCCAUCUCUCAGUAGAACCUGACAGUGGAGAAUUUGUCAUCCAGAAUGGGACAGGCACUAUCCUUUCCAGCAUCUCCUUUGACCGGGAGCAUCAAAGCACAUAUACCUUCCGGUUGAAGGCGGUGGACGGAGGGGACCCGCCCCGUUCAUCAUAUGUUGGAGUUACUAUUAAUGUCCUUGAUGAGAAUGAUAAUGCUCCAGUGAUUGUUGUACCAUCAAAUAUUUCAUACGCCUAUCUUACACCUUCAACUAACCCAGGUACACAAGUCAACAAGGUACGGGCUGAGGAUAUGGACACUGGUAUAAAUGCAGAACUUCAUUACAGUAUUGCAAGUGGUAAUCCUUUUGAUCUAUUCCAAAUAACACCCACAGGAGGUGAGGUUACCCUAGAAAAGCAAAUUUUAAGAAAACAUCAUGGUCUGCAUCGCCUAGUAGUAAGAGUGAACGAUCGAGGAAAGCCUUCUAGGCAUGGCACGGCCCUGGUCCAUUUCUUCAUAAACGAAACCUUGACAAACCAGACCUAUGUAGAGACUUUACUUGGCCACAGCCAGGAUACUCCAUUAGACAUUGAUAUUGCUGGAGAUCCAGAAUAUGAACGUAAUAAGCAGCAGCGAAACAUUGUAUUUGGUGUCAUUGCUGGCAUCAUGGCAGUUAUCCUGGUCAUUGUGGUGGUUGUUUUGGUCCGAUAUUGUCGACAGAAAGAAGCCAAGAGUGGCUAUCAAGCGGGAAAGAAGGAAACAAAAGAUCUUUAUGCCCCCAAACAGAGUAAUAAAAACAAUAAAAAUAAAAUCAAAGCAAAGAAAAGCAAGUCUCCAAAACCACCCAAGCCUGUCGAAGAGGAUGAGGAAACGGGGCUACAAAAGUCCCUCAAAUUUAACCUGAUGAGUGAUUCUGUUGGUGACAGCCCACGAAUCCAUCUACCUUUGAAUUACCCACCAGGAAGCCCAGACCUGGGCCGUCACUACCGUUCAAACUCCCCCUUGCCAUCCAUCCAACUUCAACCACAAUCCCCAUCUGCCUCCAAGAAGCACCAGGUUGUUCAAGACUUGCCAGCGGCAAACACCUUUGUUGGCACUGGGGACAACAAUUCCACUGGCUCUGAUCAGUACUCGGAUUACAGCUAUCGGACCAAUCCCCAGAAAUACAACCAUAAGCAGUUACCUCAUCGUCGAGUGACGUUUUCAACAUCCAAUCAAGCGCCUGACAUCCAGGACCCCUCUCAGCACAGCUACUAUGACAGCGGCCUGGAAGAGUCCGAGACCCCAAGCAGCAAGUCAUCUUCUGGUCCACGAAUAGGGCCUUUGGCUCUCCCAGAAGACCAUUAUGAGAGAACAACCCCUGAUGGUAGCAUCGGUGAGAUGGAACAUCCUGAAACUGACGCAGGGACCGCUAAUGCCGAUCUCCAGCACAGCGACCCUGCAAACAGCAGCAUAGAUAUCAACUUCCUUUACUCCUAUCUCAGACCACUGCCUGAUGUAGCCAUGACGGGAAACUGCACGCGGGAAUGUACAGAAUUUGGACACUCUGAUACUUGCUGGAUGCCUGGCCAGCCAUCCCCCAACCACAGGCCCAAGAAUGCCCUGAAGCUCUCCACUUUUGUGCCUUACCAAGACAAGGGGAGCCAAGAGCAGAUUGGCAAUGGGAACCCCAGAAUUCCAGAGGACCGCAUUGGAGGCAACAAUAACAGCACCACCAAAAUGGCCAACAUCCAGCUGUUACCGACUUACAGUGCCUUUACCAGUAACAGCCAUGAGCCAUGUACGGACUCCCCUAUGGAGGAAAUCCCACUUACCCAAACGGCUGAUUUCCAGCACGCCACAACUCCUUCCUCCCAAUCUGCCAAGAGGGAGAUAUACCUGUGAGAUUCACUUUUUUUUUUUGGCACGGUUUGAACUUGAAGGAGUGAAAGAAGAAUUGGGAGAUACAGACCCAAUCUAGGCUAACUUUUAAAUGAAGGAGAUGUUUUAGGAAGGAACUAAAAAGACAAUUGCUUUAUGGUCCAUGCAACUGCUUCUAGGCCUAUGCCUAUUUGAAUUUUUAGUGCUCUAUUUUAUUUUAAAUUGUCUUUGGUUCAGUUUUCACUUUUUAUUUUAUUAUUCCUAUGUAAACUUUUAAAGAGCCCUCUCCAUAGACAAUGUAUUGUCGUCAAAUGUCACAACUGGAUUUAGAGAGGGGAAGCACAUUUUUCUUUCUUUAAAACAAAAUUUUUAUUUUUUUUUAUAUAAAAAAAGGGAACUUGCGUUUGUUUCUCGGCCAAAGAUGAGAAACUGUAAAGCAAAAGGUGGACUUUAUAAGCCAUUGUGGUUCGUGUCUGAGAAUCCUGGUGCUGUCAUCUCUUCUGGUACAUAGGUUGAAUGUCCUCAUUUAUAGGAGAAAUUCCUGUCUCUUUGUGGUGAAUGAAUGACAGUUGGUAGAGGUUUAUAAUUUUUUGGGUUAAAAAUUUGGCACUAGGCUUAGUUCAAGUUUCUUCUGCAUAUAUAUAUAUAUUUAUACAUAGGCACAUUAAGAGACUCACAGCUUCCCAUUGGAAAUAAGGUCUUGCUCGGGUACUUCAGUAUCUGGCUUUGUAGACCGGUGUGUCAAAAAAUAAAUUACCCUGAUUUCUGUCUCGUACAUAAGGUUCUUUUAAUUUAAAUAAAAUUCUCAAGAAAUAUUUUUGAUAUUCAGCCUAUUAAGGUAUUAAUUUUCUUUCAUUUUCCUAAAAUUAACUUCUUAAAAAUGGCAUGCUGACUUCUUAGCUUGUCUUCUUAACAUCCACGCAGUGAUCCAUUAAUUAGAUGGCGGCUGCUGUUUUAAGGUCGAUUUCGAUAAAGGAGGUUAUCACAUCUGAUAAAUACUUUUAUAAUACAGUUUAUGUAAUGUCACCAGUUAUUUCUUUUAUUUGAUUUACUGCAUGCUAGUGCAAAAAAAUAAAAAAAUAAAAAAAUUUUUAAAGUAAGGACUGCUCAGCAUUGAGCCAAACUCGAUGGAGCUAGGCAAAUGUCUCUCUUAAGCUAUGGUUCACAAUCACUUUUUGUAGGGGGUCUAGUAAUCUUGUGAGUGAUGUCAGCAAAUGUCCUUAGGUGGGCGGGGGGAUAUUAUAUACCAAAGGUGCCAACUGAAUGAGUACGGAUGAUUGCAAGGGACAGCCUGAUGGGGACCAAACUGUAAUCUAUCUGUAUAUCCAACUCAUCAAUAACAGGGUAAGCUGCGAGUUUGACUGGCCGUUUCAUGUAGACUUCUGUAAAUACAAUCCCUUUGAAUGAAGAUUAAGUCUGCCUGAUUUCAGCUUUUAUUGUUGCAAGAAAACCUUUUUUUUAUUUUUUAUUUUUUUUAUUUAUUGUAAUUUAAUUUCCACUACACUCUGCCAAAUGGCUCACUGCUGGUUGGGCAUUUUUUGGUUACAAGAGCAUGUAGGCUGGUGUAUUCAGUGGCAUUACUUCCUGUUUCUAAUUAAUGGGAGACAGAAAUCCUUUAAAAAAAAAAAAACAACAAAAAAAAAAGAGUAGAAAGGUUCAAUUCUGUGUAUAUUUUUCUGUAAUACAUACUAAUUUGCACAUAAUCUGCCUAGAUUUGCUGAGUCAAAGUUGCUCUUUUUUGUUAUUAUUCUUCAACUGUAUAUUGCACCACGAGCUCUGAUCUGACAAGUUUUUGAUGUUUUUUUGUUUUUAGCCGAAACAGUUUACGAUUCAGUGAUUCUUCAAUGUGUUUUUUGGGGAAAGCCGUAACCACUUUAGUAAAAUUGAAGUUUUGUAUCCUAUGAAGGUGGACGUGUCGAUGUGGCACUCAUAGGCCAUGUUACUUUUUUAAAGAGUUGGGUUGUUAAAAUUAUUUUUAUUUUUCAUUUGAAUACACUUGGGUGCAUGGAGAAGAGAAAUUGGAAUGCUUUGUAUUUGACUACUGGUAUUUAAAGGACAUAUAGCUUAAUUUCCCUCAUACAACAUAUGGUAUAAUGCUGAUCCAUAUUGUUUGGUGCCACAGGAGCGAUUAUUAAAUAAAAAUGUAAAAUGCCCAGA